AUGAAAUUGAUUGCUAGUCUUAUAUUAUUUGUCUUAUGUAUCGGUGCUCUAAACGGUACUAAAUUGCAGUUUGAUUCGAUAAAUACAUACAAUUUUACCAACAAAGUUGUAUUGACUACCGGUUCGAGCAGUGGUAUGGGUGAAGAUAUUGUUAAACUGUUUUCACAAUUAGGAGCCAAUGUAGUGGUCACCGGUAGAAAUGCCACAGAAAUACAACGAGUGGCCAAUGAAUGUCAAAAUCUAUCGCCAAAAAAACUAAAGCCGUUACAAGUGGUGGCCGAUGUGUCCGAUGACAAACAAUUGACUGAUUUGCUAAAGAAAACAAUCGAUACGUACGGAAAGUUAGAUGUUUUGGUCAACAACGCCGGUAUAGGCGGACUAAAACCUAUAGUAGACCCUAAAUUUAUGGAAAAUUUUGAUAAGAUUAUGUCAAUUAAUCUAAGACCUUAUGUUCAGUUGAGUCAUCUGGCAGUACCUUAUUUAAUGAAAACUAACGGCACUAUUAUUAGCACAUCUAGCAGUUUGACAAUGUCACCGCUAAAAAAUAAUUUGGCUUACAUUGUGUCUAAAGCGGCCACCGAUAUGAUGACCCGUGUGUUGGCACUUGAAUUGGGACCCAAUAUACGAGUCAAUACUAUUAAUCCCGGAUUGACUCAAACAAAUUUUCACGACGGGGUAAUAGAUCCGGUUAUAAUAGAGGCCUUUUUAAAACUGGUUGUCGCACACACACCAUUGAAGCGUUUGGGCCAACCCAUGGACAUGGCUAAGGGUGUGGUAUUUUUGGCCAGUGACCAGGCAUCAUUUAUUACAGGUGCCAAUCUUGUUAUUGAUGGCGGAUUACAUUAUACUGUCGGUGGACUAUUUUGA